AUGAAUAUGAAUCUAGCAAACCGACGUCAACGUCAAUAUCAACGUAAAUACAAUUCCUACAGAAAAUAUACAGCAACGGAAGAUGUAAAUUAUGCAGCCCAUACAUCUCGAUCAUCUUACCGCUCCGAAUCGAUUACUUCAAGAAGCAGCGAUCGCGGUCGAAGUUCAUCAUCCGAAAUUGUCUCUGCUUCGGAGACCCGAUCAUUGCCAGUAUAUAUAGCAACUCAGGAUUAUACCCCCGAAUCUGGUGAUAUUGAAUCAAUAUCAUUGGAACAAGGACAAAUUGUUGAGGUGUUAGAUAAAAAGAAUGCCGCUUCAUGGCUUAUCAGAACAAAGGCACGUCCACCAAAAUCAGGUUGGGUACCAGGAUCAUAUUUCGAAUCACCAACGGAAUAUUAUAAACAACGAAAAAGAACACGAGAAUUGGUGAACAAUGAUUUAAAUUUAACAGAUGAACAAGAAGCAAUUAUGAAAAGAGAUCAAGUGUAUCAUGAUUUAUUACGUUCCGAGGAAGAAUUUGUUAAUGAGCUACGAACAAUUGUUGAUACAUAUGUAAAAGCAUUGGAUGAUAAAAAUAUUCCGGAAGAAGUGAAAGCGCAAAAGGAUGAAUUAAUAAUGAAUCUGAAGCAACUACACAAUUUUCAUGCAAACAUAAUGUUGAAAGGCCUACAGUACUAUUCGGAUGAUCCGAAUAAAGUAGGCCAAACAUUUACACGACUGUCGCGAGAUUUCGAUUUACACAUUCAAUUUCAUUACAAUUUACCGCGUGUAAAAGAAUUACUAAAAGAUAAAACAAUCACCGACUUUCUUCAGGAUUUGAGUAAUAAAGUAGAAGCUGGAACAAAAACAUUCGAAGAUCAUUUGCAAAAUGUUGCUGAUCGUAUUGUUCAGUAUCAGAAUUACUUCAAGGAAUUUGUCAAAUAUGCAACACGUGCUAAACUUGAUACAAAAACAAUGCAAAAAGCAUUAGAAUUAAUGAUGUCAGUACCGGAACAUGCUACCGAUAUGGCAUAUAUCAGAAGAAUUGAACAGUAUCCGGGUGAUCUGAAUAAACUUGGACGACUUUAUCGACAUGAUUCAUUUUUGGUUUGGGAAGGUGAACAGGAACCAACAGAACGCUAUGUAUUUUUGUUCAAAAACAAAUUAAUGUUUACGGAUAAGGAUAACAACAAAGAUGUGCCAUCGUAUAAACAUUACGCUACGAUACGUCUUGAUAAAUACACAAUACGAGUUUCGGAAACAGAACCGGAUAUUUUCGAGCUUAAACCUAAUGAACUAGGACUUCCGGAAUUUCAAAUUCGUGCAAAAGAUAUUCAAUCAAUGGAAUUUAUCCAACAAGCUUGGCUAAAAGAUAUGAGUAAAAUGAAAGAACAUAUUGGAUAA